AUGAUCAUAAAUGUGAACGAGUCGACGAUGGUGCGUCCGGCGGAGGAGACGCCGCGUAGGGCGCUGUGGAACUCCAACGUCGACUUGGUUGUGCCCAAUUUCCACACGCCCAGCGUCUACUUCUACAGGCCAAACGGUGGCUUCAAUUUCUUCGACGCCAAGGUUCUCAAGGACGCUCUCAGCAAGGUUCUCGUUCCUUUCUACCCAAUGGCCGCCCGCCUCCGCCGCGACGACGACGGCCGCGUCGAGAUUGAUUGCGAUGGCCAAGGGGUUCUCUUCGUCGAGGCUGAUACCACCGCCGUCAUCGACGACUUCGGCGACUUCGCUCCCACCCUUGAGCUCCGGCAGCUUAUCCCCGCCGUCGAUUAUUCUGCCGGAAUCGAAACGUAUCCGCUGUUGGUGUUGCAGGUAACAUAUUUCAAAUGUGGAGGGGUCUCACUAGGCGUCGGUAUGCAACACCAUGUAGCUGAUGGAGCUUCUGGUCUUCACUUUAUCAAUACAUGGUCAGAUGUGGCUCGUGGCCUGGAUGUUUCCAUUCCACCAUUCAUUGACCGGACACAGCUCCGAGCCAGGGAUCCACCUCGACCUGUUUUUGAUCACAUUGAAUACAAACCCCCACCGUCCAUGAAGACUCUCCUGGAACCUGCAAAACCAGGCUCGGACGGCGCGGCUGUCUCUAUUUUCAAAUUGACUCGUGAACAGCUGAACAUCCUGAAGGGUAAAUCCAGAGAAGAUGGCAACUCAAUCAGCUAUAGCUCUUAUGAGAUGUUGGCUGGUCAUGUAUGGAGAAGUGUAUGCAAGGCAAGAGCACUUCCUGAUGAUCAAGAAACCAAAUUGUACAUAGCAACUGAUGGACGGUCAAGGUUGAAACCUUCCCUCCCACCAGGUUACUUUGGCAAUGUGAUCUUCACAACCACACCUAUAGCAGUGGCAGGUGAUCUCAUGUCAAAACCAACAUGGUAUGCUGCAAGCAGAAUCCACAAUGCAUUGUUACGAAUGGAUGACGAAUAUUUGAGAUCGGCUCUUGAUUAUCUAGAGCUGCAGCCUGAUCUAAAAGCUCUUGUUCGUGGAGAACAUACUUUUAGGUGUCCAAAUCUUGGUAUCACAAGCUGGGCAAGGCUCCCAAUCCAUGAUGCUGAUUUUGGUUGGGGAAGGCCUAUAUUCAUGGGACCUGGUGGGAUUGCAUACGAGGGACUAUCUUUCAUAAUUCCAAGCUCAACUAAUGAUGGGAGCUUAUAUGUGGCAAUUGCUCUGCAGCUUGAGCAGAUGAAAAUGUUUCAGGAAUUGUUGUAUGAUAUUUGAGGGAUUGAAUAUGCCCAUUUUGAAUCAUGAUUGUAUAAGGUGAAUGUUUCUAAGGUGGUGUUUUCUUUCCUUUUGUUUUUAUGAACCGUAUAAAUAUGUUAAUUAGGAACUUGUUUCUGGUUACAAAAUAGUCUGCCUUGGCAAAGUCUGAUAAUCUGUACAAAUAAAUGAACUUUAGAAACAAGUGUAUUAUUGAUUUGGUAUCACAU